GCGUAGCAUCUCUGGUCAAAACUACAUCGGCAGCAGAGGAUCUCCAUUUUCCCCCGUCGAACCAAACUUCCCACGCAUCACCGCCAGUUGCGUAUUCGGACCAGUUCUUCUCAGCCCACGCGCUUCUAGCAAUCGCCAAUCGGCCACGUACCGUUGUCCGGUCUCCACUGAGGAGGGAGAUCGUUCAGAAAUCCGGCCAACGCUUCGGUGAAGGACAUGGGUGAUCAAAUAGCAAAGGGAGAAGAAUUCGAGAGGAAGGCUGAGAAGAAGAUCAGCGGCUGGAGCGUAUUUGGGUCCAAGCACGAAGAUGCCGCUGAGUUGUACGCUAAAUCUGCCAACCAUUUCAAACUCGCCAAAUCAUGGGAUAGAGCGGGUUCUGUUUUUGUUAAGCUCUCUAAUUGCCAUCUCAAGUCGGAUAGCGAUCAUGAAGCUGCCAGUGCUCUCGUGGAUGCUGCAAUUUGCUACAAGAAAACAUCAACCGAAGCCGCCAUAUCAUGUUUGGAGCAAGCAGUGGGCAUUUACCUGAACAUGGGCAGGUAUAACAUGGCUGCCAAGAAUUGCAAGGAAAUUGGGGAGUUAUACGAGCAGGAGGAGAAGAUUGAGAAGGCUAUAUCGUAUCUUGAACGAGCAGCCGAGUAUUAUGAACAUCAAGAAGCAAGCUCCUCUGCAAACCAGUGCAAGCAGAAGGUUGCACAAUUUUCUGCUCAACUUGAACAGUAUCAGAAAGCAAUUCAGGUGUACGAAGAGAUUGCGAGAUACUCCAUCAACAGCAACUUACUGAAAUAUGGCGUAAGAGGGCAUCUUCUUAAUGCUGGUCUUUGCCAGCUUUGUCGAGGGGAUGUUGUUGCCAUAACCAAUGCAUUAGAGCGAUAUGAGGAUCUAGACCCAACUUUCUCCAGAACUCGGGAGUUUAGAUUUUUAUCAGAUUUAGCCACUGCAAUGGAUGAGGAGGAUGUAGACAAGUUUACAAGCAUUGUGAAGGAGUUUGAUAGCAUUAGCAAGCUGGAUUCUUGGAAAGUGACCCUGCUAUUGAAAGUAAAGCAAACUCUGAAGGACAAGGAGCUGGAGGAGGAUGAUUUGACAUAAAUUCCUCGGUUCAACAUCAUAUUGGUUUGGCAGAUGCUGUACAUGUAAUAGCACAUCAGGGAGAGCUAGAACAAUAAUGCAUUGCCGCCUCAGGAGUUAUGUAUUAUCAGCAACAAUAAAUAAGGUUCUAUCCAGUUCUUCAUAGUGUCUUCGUGUAGAAAUAUGCGGUUGCAGGUUGGUAGGUGAGGGGAUAUUCAGAGUUCACGACCACGAGCUUCCGGACUCCGGUGGUGAAUCAGUUUGAGAUUUAAAAGUUUUUUUUUUUUUUUUUUUUUUUGACAGUGAUGUGAUUUUGUUCAAAAUUCAAUUGGUUGAUGGACUUGGAAUUAUCUAUACGGCAGCAUGGAUGAUAGAAUCCACCAUGGAAUACUUUUUUACAAAUGUUUGGAAGUUGUGUU